CUACCUCGACCGGCGUGCCCGUCGCUCCCGGGGACGCUGCUGGCCGCGCUGGCGCUGUCCCUGUCCCUGUCCCUGUCGCUCGCCGUGACCGCGACCGCCUCGACCGCACCGCUCCGGACCUUCUCCCCGACCGAGGGCGGCCUCACCCACCUGGUGGUCCACGAGAAGACGGGCGACGUCUACGUGGGCGCGGUCAACUGGAUCUUCAAGCUGUCCAGCAACCUGACCCAGCUGCGGGGCCACGUGACGGGCCCCGUGCAGGACAACGAGAAGUGCUACCCGCCCCCCGGGGUGCAGUCGUGCCCCCACGACCUGGCCCUGACCGACAACGUCAACAAGCUGCUGCUGGUGGACUAUGGGCAGAACCGGCUGCUGGCCUGCGGCAGCACCUCGCAGGGCAUCUGCCAGUUCCUGCGGCUGGACGACCUCUUCAAGCUGGGCGAGCCCCACCACCGCAAGGAGCACUACCUCUCCAGCGUCCGCGAGUCGGGCACCAUGUCCGGCGUCCUGAUCCAGGGCGCCGACGGCCGCGGCAGCAAGCUCUUCGUGGGCACGCCCAUCGACGGCAAGUCCGAGUACUUCCCCACCCUGUCCAGCCGCAAGCUGAUGGCCAACGAGGAGAACGCCGACAUGUUCAGCUUCGUCUACCAGGACGAGUUCGUCUCCUCGCAGCUCAAGAUCCCCUCGGACACGCUCUCCAAGUUCCCGGCCUUCGACAUCUACUACGUCUACAGCUUCAGCAGCGAGCAGUUCGUCUACUACCUGACCCUGCAGCUGGACACGCAGCUGACCUCGCCCGACGCCAGCAGCGAGCAGUUCUUCACCUCCAAGAUCGUGCGCCUCUGCGUGGACGACCCCAAGUUCUACUCCUACGUGGAGUUCCCCAUCGGCUGCACCAAGGACGGCGUGGAGUACCGCCUGGUCCAGGACGCCUUCCUCAGCCGGCCCGGCCGGCAGCUGGCGGCUUCGCUCGGGAUCUCGGAGGAGGAGGACGUGCUCUUCACCGUCUUCUCGCAGGGCCAGAAGAACCGGGCCAAGCCGCCCAAGGAGUCGGCCCUCUGCCUGUUCACCCUGCGGCGAAUCAAGGAGAAGAUCAAGGAGCGCAUCCAGUCCUGCUACAGGGGCGAGGGCAAGCUCUCCCUGCCCUGGCUGCUCAACAAGGAGCUGGCCUGCAUCAACUCGCCCCUGCAGAUCGACGACAUCUUCUGCGGCCAGGACUUCAACCAGCCGCUGGGCGGCACCACCACCAUCGAGGGCACGCCCCUGUUCGUGGACAAGGACGACGGGAUGACCUCGGUGGCCGCCUACGAUUACCGCGGCAACACGGUGGCCUUCGCCGGCACCCGCAGCGGGCGGAUAAAGAAGAUCCUGGUGAACUCGGUCAGCCCCGCCCAGCCGCCUCUGCUGUACGAGAACAUGGUGGUGAGCGAGGGCUCCAGCAUCCUGAGAGACAUGCUCUUCAGCCCCGACUACCAUCACAUCUACACCCUCACCGACAAACAGGUGACCCGUGUGCCAGUGGAGAGCUGUGAGCAGUACACCAGCUGUGCAGAGUGCCUGGACUCCAGAGACCCCCACUGCGGCUGGUGUGUCCUCCACAACAUCUGUUCCCGGAAGGACCACUGCGACCGGGCGGAGGAGCCACAGCGAUUCGCCUCGGACCCCCGACAGUGUGUGGAGCUCAGCAUCCAGCCCAGCAACAUCUCCGUCACCAUGUCUGAAGUGCAGCUGGUGCUGCAGGCGCGUAACGUCCCCGACCUGUCAGCGGGGGUCAACUGCUCCUUCGAGGAGCGCGCGGAGAGCGAGGGGCGCGUCGAGGGCGACCAGAUCUUCUGCCUGUCCCCCUCCGCCCGCGAAGUGGCCCCCAUCACCCGCGGACAGGGUGGCCAGCGGGUGGUCAAGCUGUACCUCAAGUCCAAGGAGACGGGGAAGAAGUUUGCCAGCGUGGACUUCAUCUUCUUCAACUGCAGCGUCCACCAGUCCUGUCUCUCCUGUGUGAACGGCUCGUUCCCCUGCCACUGGUGCAAGUACCGCCACAUGUGCACGCACAACGCCAACGACUGCUCCUUCCUGGAGGGCCGGGUCAACACGUCAGAGGAGUGUCCCCAGAUCCUGCCCUCCACGCAGAUCUACAUCCCGGUGGGCGUGAUGAAGCCCAUCACCCUGCUGGCCCGGAACCUUCCGCAGCCGCAGUCGGGCCAGCGCAACUACGAGUGCAUCUUCCGCUUCCAGGGCCGGGUGCAGAGCGUCACCGCCCUGCGCUUCAACAGCUCCAGCAUCCAGUGCCAGCGCACCUCCUAUGACUAUGACGGGAAUGACAUCAGUGACCUGCCGGUGGACCUGUCCGUGGUGUGGAAUGGAAACUUUGUCAUCGACAACCCCUACAAUAUCCAAGCUCACCUGUAUAAGUGCUACGCCCUGCGGGACAGCUGUGGCAUGUGCCUGAAGGCCGACCCGCAGUUCGAGUGCGGCUGGUGCGUCCAGGAGAGGAAGUGCUCGCUCCGGCAGGAGUGCGCCCCCCUGGAGAGCUCCUGGAUGCACGCCGCGGCGGGGAACAGCCGCUGCACGCACCCCAAAAUCGCCAAGCUGUCCCCGGAGACGGGGCCCAGGCAGGGGGGCACGCUGCUCACCAUCACUGGGGAGAACCUGGGCCUGCAUUUCCCGGACAUCCAGAACGGGGUGCGCCUGGGCAAAGUGCCGUGCCAGCCCCUCGAGGAGGAAUACAUCAGCGCAGAGCGCAUCGUGUGCCAGCUGGCCGACGCCACCGGUUACCGUAUCCAGGACGCGGCGGUGGAGGUGUGCGUGGGGAGCUGUGCGGCAGAGUACCGGGCCCUCUCCCCCAAGGCCUUCACCUUCGUGACCCCGUUUUUCACCCGGGUGCAGCCCAUGCAGGGCCCUCUUUCCGGGGGAACCCGCAUCACCAUCGAGGGGAAAGACCUCAACUCAGGAAGCGGCGUGUCCAUCAAAAUCGGCCUGCGCCCCUGCCAGUUUGAGAGGAGGAGCAGCAAGGAGAUCGUCUGCGCCACGCCGGCGGGGUCCGGCCCGGGAAGCUCGCCCGUCAUGGUGGACAUCAACUGGGCGGAGCUCCGCAACCCCGAGGUCAAGUUCAACUACACCGAGGACCCCACCAUCCUCAAGAUCGAGCCCGACUGGAGCAUCGCCAGCGGCGGGACCCCGCUGACAGUUACCGGCACCAAUCUGGCAACCAUCAGGGAGCCGAAGAUCCGGGCCAAGUACGGGGCGGCGGAGUCGUUCCACAACUGCACCGUCUACAACAACUCCGUGAUGGUGUGUCUGGCGCCCUCUGUGGCCAAGUCGGAGAAGGGCUUCUCGGAGGCGGGCAGCAGGCUGGACGAGAUCGGCUUCCUCAUGGACAGCGUGCAGUCGGUGGUGGUGGUGAACGAGAGCUUCAGCUACUACCCGGACCCCGUCUUCGAGCCCCUGAGCCCCACCGAACUCAAGCCCAGCUCCCCCCUCAUCCUCAAGGGCCGGAACCUGAUCCCAUCGGCUCCGGGGAAUUCCCGGCUGAACUACACGGUGCUGAUCGGGGAGACCCCGUGCGUGCUGACGCUGUCCGAGACACAGCUGCUCUGCGAGUGGCCCAACCUGACCGGGCAGCACAAAGUGACGGUGCGAGUCGGCGGGUUCGAGUACUCCCCGGGCACCCUGCAGAUCUACUCGGACAGCCUGCUGACCCUUCCCGCCAUCGUGGGGAUCGGCGGCGGCGGCGGCCUGCUGCUGCUGGUCAUCAUCGCCGUGCUGAUCGCCUACAAGCGCAAGUCGCGCGACGCGGACCGCACCCUCAAACGCCUGCAGCUGCAGAUGGACAACCUGGAGUCCCGGGUCGCGCUGGAGUGCAAGGAAGCGUUUGCCGAGCUGCAGACGGACAUCCACGAGCUGACCCAGGAGCUGGACGGGGCGGGAAUCCCCUUCCUGGACUACAGGACCUACGCCAUGAGGGUGCUCUUCCCUGGCAUCGAGGACCACCCCGUUCUCAAGGAGAUGGAGGUGCCGGCCAACGUGGAGAAGGCGCUGACGCUGUUCGGCCAGCUGCUGAACAAGAAGCACUUCCUGCUGACGUUCAUACGCACGCUGGAGGCGCAGCGCUCCUUCUCCAUGCGCGACCGCGGCAACGUGGCCUCGCUCAUCAUGACCGCGCUGCAGGGGGAGAUGGAGUACGCCACCGGCGUGCUCAAGCAGCUGCUCUCCGACCUCAUCGACAAGAACCUGGAGAGCAAGAACCACCCCAAGCUGCUGCUGCGCAGAACGGAGUCUGUCGCCGAAAAGAUGCUGACUAACUGGUUCACCUUCCUCCUGUACAAGUUCCUGAAGGAGUGUGCAGGGGAGCCCCUGUUCAUGCUGUACUGUGCCAUGAAGCAGCAGAUGGAGAAGGGCCCCAUCGACGCCAUCACCGGCGAGGCCCGCUACUCCCUGAGCGAGGACAAGCUCAUCCGCCAGCAGAUCGACUACAAGACCCUGACCCUGCACUGCGUGAACCCGGAGAACGAGAGCGCGCCGGAGGUGACGGUGAAGGGGCUGAACUGCGACACCAUCACGCAGGUGAAGGAGAAGCUGCUGGACGCCGUGUACAAGGGCAGCCCCUACUCCCAGAGGCCCAAAGCCGGAGACAUGGACCUGGAGUGGCGUCAGGGCAGGAUGGCCAGAAUCAUCCUCCAGGACGAGGACGUCACCACCAAGAUCGACAACGACUGGAAGCGACUCAACACGCUGGCCCACUAUCAGGUGACGGACGGCUCCGUCAUCGCCCUGGUACCGAAGCAGAACUCCGCCUACAACAUCUCCAACUCCUCCACCUUCACCAAGUCCCUCAGCCGAUACGAGAGCAUGCUACGCACGGCCAGCAGCCCGGACAGCCUGCGCUCUCGCACGCCCAUGAUCACACCCGACCUGGAGAGCGGGACCAAGCUGUGGCACCUGGUGAAGAACCACGAGCACGGCGACCAGAAGGAGGGCGACCGCGGCAGCAAGAUGGUGUCCGAGAUCUACCUGACCCGCCUGCUGGCCACCAAGGGCACGCUGCAGAAGUUUGUGGACGACCUGUUCGAGACCAUCUUCAGCACGGCCCACCGCGGCAGCGCCCUGCCCCUCGCCAUCAAGUACAUGUUCGACUUCCUGGACGAGCAGGCCGACAAGCACCAGAUCACCGACCCCGACGUCAGGCACACCUGGAAGAGCAACUGCCUUCCCUUGCGGUUCUGGGUGAACGUGAUCAAGAACCCGCAGUUCGUCUUCGACAUCCACAAGAACAGCAUCACGGACGCCUGCCUGUCGGUGGUGGCCCAGACCUUCAUGGACUCCUGCUCCACCUCCGAGCACAAGCUGGGCAAAGACUCUCCCUCCAACAAGCUCCUCUACGCCAAGGACAUCCCCAACUACAAGAACUGGGUGGAGAGGUACUACUCGGACAUCUCGCGCAUGCCGGCCAUCAGCGACCAGGACAUGAGCGCGUACCUGGCGGAGCAGUCGCGGCUGCACCUGAGCCAGUUCAACAGCAUGAGCGCGCUGCACGAGAUCUACUCCUACAUCACCAAGUACAAGGACGAGAUCCUGUCUGCGCUGCAGAAGGAGGAGCAGACGCGCCGCCAGAGACUGCGCAGCAAGCUGGAGCAGGUGAUCGACACCAUGGCGCUGACGAGCUGAGGGGCGGGGCUGGACGCUCUUCUGGACUCCACGCGGACGGGCCACUGCAAUGCAAAGCAUGCUGGGAUGCUGUGGGACCUGCCCCAGAGUGCCUCAGUUUUUUUUUACCACACAUACACUCACACACACACGGAUGCACACACACACACACAGGCAGACACACACUCACACACACACACACACACGUGCGCACACACACACACCUGAAGAGAGCGUUUUCCCCUUAUCGCUGUUGCCAUUGUCGUUCUUCUGCGCUGAUCUGUCGCGUUGCGCACACCGAACGGAACUCCAUGAACGGAGCCAGGAACGGCGAAACAGGCCUCUGGCAGGACGCCCUCAGAGUCUCUGAGAACUACGUUGCCCUGGAGACAUGGCCCCCUGUCACCUGACUGCCCCCGGUCACCUGACCACACCCGAGCAGGAACAUUGGUACUUUACCUCCUCUUCUUCUCCACACACCUUCCUGACACCCCACCACUGCUGAAUUUGCACAAUUUACCAGAACUGAAACAAAAAACAGAGAUGAAUAUAUAGAUGUAUAAAUACAACUGCAUUUUUUUAAAAAUUGAAUGAAAAUUAUUAUGGUAAUUCUGUUUUUUUUUUGAUUUAGCAGACAGAAAGAAAAUUGACACAAUGGGGGGAAAAAAAUCUAUUUCCGUCAAAAAAAAAAAGAUUUUAAGAAAGGCAAAUAAGUCUGAAGCUGUCCUGUGCCAUGUUUUUAUUUGAAUGUUGUUUUAGUGCAGUCACAUUUUUUUAGAUGAGAUGUGCUAUGAUUUAAAUGUUGGGAAACGUUGCCUAGCGACUGAAAAGAUGAAUCCAGUCGGGGGGG